AUGCCUCGUGCAUCAGCUUAUAACAGGUUUCUCGUCAUCGAAAAAUUAAAAUGUGGCGAAUCUCAGGUGAAAAUAUCCAAAGAUUUGGGAAUCUCUCGUUGUGCCAUUCAAAAAAUUAAAAAGCGAUUUUUACACGGAUAUUUAUAUAACGAUAUGCCAAAAAAGGGAAGGAACAAAAAAUUAACCAAAAAUGAUGAACGCUAUCUUAUCAGAAUGUCAAAAUUACACCCAAAAAUAACCGCCAACGAUCUUCUUAUAUGCUGUAACUUUUCCGGAAAAGUGAUUCUUUCGACAAUUAAACGAAUUUUGAGACGCAACAAUUUAUUCGGACGCAUUGCAGUGAAAAAACCAAAAUUGACUGCAUCUCAGGUUGAUAAAAGAUAUACAUGGUGUCUUACUAAAAUUCCGUGGAAUCAAGACGACUGGAAUUUAGUGAUAUUUUUUGAUGAAUGCCGGAUUCAGUUAAAUCAGAUGUCUAGGCAAUAUAUAAGAAGACCCCCUGGAUCAAAAUUACAGAAAGAAUAUUCAAUUGAAACUGUGAAAUUCCCUUUAUCAAUUACGAUAUGGGGAGCAUUUAAAAGCAAUGGGCAAAGAUCAAUUGUCCCUUGCUGA